AUGGGUCGCUUGGUAACAGCUGGCUCGGCCAUCUUUCUGGCCAUCGGUGGAUUCCUCUUCGGCUAUGACAGUGGCAUCAUUUCAUCCACCAUCGCACAACCCCUAUUUAUCGAGUACUUUGGCGAUCCAAGCGAUGCUGAAGUCGGCGGCAUCGUCUCUUCAUUCACCGGUGGAGCCAUCCUGGGCGCGCUGUCCAUCUCUUGGUUGGCAGAUCUCCUCGGACGCAAGAUGACUGUCUUCGUGGGAGCGGUCAUCUCCGUCUUCGGUUGCGCUCUUCAGGGUGGCGCCACAACAAUUGGCAUGCUCAUCGCUGGGCGGUUCAUCGCGGGUAUCUCAGUCGGUCUACUUUCGGCAAUCGUGCCAAUGUAUUGUUCUGAGAUCGCAACAGCCCAGGAUCGCGGGAAGCUGAGCGGUCUCUUGCAGUUUAUGCUCUCGUGGGGAUUCUUCGCAGCGCAGUGGCUUGGAUACGGCUCUUUCCAUGUCGAUAGCCACUUCCAGUGGCGAUUCCCCCUAUCUUUCCAGGUCGUCCCUGGUCUAGUAAUGGCUGCGGGUAUCUGGUUUCUCCACGAGAGCCCCCGCUGGCUCAUGGAGAAGGACCGACACGAGGAAGCUAGAGUCGUGCUCCAGAAACUACACGGUACAGGCGACAAUGAGGAAUUCCUAGACCUCGAGUUCCGCGAGAUCCGGGAUACGAUUAUAGCCGACAAGACUCGAUCACAGAUGACCUGGAGAGGCUUGCUUGCGAAGCCUACUUGGCGACGGAGACUUCUCCUGGGCUGCGGUGUUCAGGCGUUUGGACAGUUGUCUGGUGUCAACGUUAUAAACUACUACGGUCCUCGCAUCUACGAGCUGCUCGGGAUUGAUACGGGGACAUCUCUAGAAAUUGUUGGCAUAUCGGGGACUCUUUCCAUCGUCUACUGCGCCAUCGGCCUAUACCUCCUCGACAAGGUCGGCCGCGUCAAGCCAUUGAUAGUCUCCGCGAUUGGCUGUGGCCUGUCCCUCGUCGUCAAUGCAGUCCUCAGCCAGUACUUCGUCCUCGACGUCGGGACGUCUACCAACGCCGCAGCGCUCCGGUCCAUGGUGGCCAUGAACUUUGUCUUCAGCCUGUUCUUUACCAUGACCGGCAUUAUAUCAUGGGUCUAUCCAGCCGAAAUCUUCCCCAUCGAGAUCCGAGCCAAGGGCAACUCUCUCUCCACGCUGACAAACUGGUGCCUGAACCUGCUCUUUGCACAAAUCUCGCCCAUCGCCCUUGGACAGGUUGGGUUCCGCUUCUUCUACGCCUUCUUCGUCUUUAACAUCGUCGCCAUGCUCUGCUACAUCUUUUUCUACCCGGAGACCAAGGGCAGGACGCUCGAGCAAAUGGAUGAACUCUUCGGAGACCAGAUUAUCCCCCACGCCUUGCAGGACGCAGAGGGUGCAGAACGCGCAAUGAGCACAUUCUCAGCCGCCGGCGUCGAACGGGCUGCCAGUAAAUCUGAAAAGACUAUUGACUUCCGCCAUGAGAAGGUCUAA